AUGAGAAGAGAAAUUAAGGGAGCCUUCUGGGUUCUCAUAUUUAUUUGUUGUUUUAGCUCUUCAUUAGGCUUGCUCUCUCCCAAAGGUGUUAACUUUGAAGUUCAAGCUUUGAUGGCAGUAAAAGCUAGUCUGGUGGAUCCCCACGGUGUUCUUGACAACUGGGAUGGGAACUCAGUUGAUCCAUGUAGCUGGACUAUGAUAACCUGCUCUGGUGAAAAUCUUGUCAUUGGCCUGGGAACUCCAAGUCAGAAAUUAUCCGGCACUCUUUCACCUAGUAUUGGGAAGUUAAUGAACCUUCAAAUCAUACUUCUACAGAACAACAAUAUAACUGGUGCAAUCCCCGCAGAGAUUGGAAGGCUUUCAAAGCUUCAAACUCUUGAUCUUUCGGAUAAUCAUUUCACUGGCCAAAUUCCUCCUUCUUUGGGGCAUCUGAACAACCUCAAAUACAUGAAGCUGAACAAUAAUAGUUUAUCCGGUGAAAUUCCAACAUCAUUCGCCAACUUGACGUUGAUAUCUCUCAUGGACUUGUCUUUCAACAACUUGACCGGACCUGUACCCUUAUUUCCUUCCAAAAAUCUAAAUGUUAUGGGCAAUCCUUCAAUAUGCACAUCUGACCUGAACUGCAACACGAUGACAUUGAUGCCGAUGUCUAUGGCGCUGAACACUACGCAGGGUAUGCACCAGAGUCACAAACUUGCUCUGGCCUUGAGUUCAACCUUGGGGUGUCUCUGCUUACUUGUUGUUGGGGUAGGUUUUGUGCUGCGAUUGAGAUGUAAGCAGAACCAAUUGAUACGGAAGGCUACUUUCCAUGGGAAUGAUUCACGAGAUGAGGAAGUUUCACUUGGGAAUUUGAGAAGAUUUCAAUUCAAGGAACUUCAGAUGGCAACAAACAACUUCAGCAGUAAAAACAUUUUAGGAAAAGGUGGUUUUGGAAAUGUAUAUAAAGGUCGCUUCCCGGAUGGGACUGUGGUAGCGGUCAAAAGGCUUAAAGAUGGAAAUGCUGCAGGAGGGGAGAGACAAUUCCAGACUGAAGUUGAAUUGAUCAGUUUAGCCGUGCAUCGUAAUCUCCUUAGGUUAUAUGGUUUUUGUAUGACUGCUACAGAGAAGCUUUUAGUGUACCCAUAUAUGUCAAACGGGAGUGUUGCUACACGUCUUAAAGCAAAACCAGCACUGGACUGGUUAACAAGGAAGCGGAUUGCCAUAGGAGCUGCGAGAGGACUGUUAUAUUUACACGAGCAAUGCGAUCCCAAGAUUAUUCACAGGGAUGUGAAGGCUGCAAAUAUAUUAUUAGACGAUUUCUGCGAGGCAGUUGUGGGAGAUUUUGGUUUAGCAAAGCUUUUGGAUCAUCAGGAUUCACAUGUUACCACGGCAGUUAGAGGAACUGUUGGGCAUAUAGCACCAGAGUAUCUCUCAACAGGUCAGUCUUCUGAGAAGACUGAUGUGUUUGGAUUUGGGAUCCUUCUCCUUGAAUUGAUCACAGGGCAGAGAGCUCUUGAAUUUGGCAAAGCAGCCAAUAGCCAGAAAGGAGCAAUAUUAGAUUGGGUGAGGAAACUUCAUCAAGAAAAGACGCUCGAUAUGCUUGUUGAUAAGGAUCUGAAAAACAACUAUGAUAGCAUUGAAUUGGAGGAAAUGGUUCAAGUGGCUCUCUUGUGUACUCAAUAUCUGCCUAGCUCCAGGCCGAAAAUGUCUGAAGUAAUUCAAAUGCUAGAAGGAGAUGGAAUUGCGGAAAGAUGGGAACUAUCUCAAAGACUGGAACCUAACAAGUAUCGGACACCGGAACUGUCAGCAUCAGAACGAUUUUCAGAUCUCACUGAUGACUCUUCACUACUUGCCCAAGCAAUGGAGCUUUCAGGCCCAAGGUAA